AGCCAUUAUUUGAGCUGUCUUUUUCUCAUUUUCAAAAGAGAAAAAUUCUUACUGAGUAAGAUAGAUAUGUGUCUAAAAUCUUGGAAAUAUUGAAGGAAGGCUACAUAUUAACAAGAGAUGAUUUAUGGUUGUUUUCAAUCCGUCAGUGGUGUUUUAGAUAUGGAUGAGGUGCUAAAGGAACACUUAGAAGAUGUUUGUGGAUUGGUAAGUAAAUCGUGUGAAGAGGGAAAUUUUGAGGAGGGCAUGGAAAUUAUACUAGAUUCUGGUUUAAACCCUCUUGAGUAUGAUAUGCUGUUCGAUUUGAAGUUAGAAUGUCUGAAAGGAUUAGGUGAUGAUAAUUCAGUUGAGGAGUGUGUAACUCAGCGAACAGAAGCCGAGAGAUUCCAGGAUGCAGUAGCUUUAGUAGCUGGCUAUAAACACAAUAUGAUACCAGAAUUGCUUGAAAUUAUAAUUGCCGGAACUGAAGAAAGAAGCCCCAAAACUUCAGUGUUUGAUAAUGGAUUUUUUGCUUACACGGAAGUUGGUGAUGAGAUGAAACCAGAACCUAUUCUAACAACUGAGAUUCCCCUCCAGUUCAAUCACAUUAUUGGUGAAAGUCUUGGAAACAAGCUUUACAAGGGGAUUGUUACUUGCCAUUCUUGGACUAGAAACAUGUCAUUCAUUUCUGCAACAUCUAGUCAGAUAUACGAGAUUGAUAUGUUGAAAAACAUUGGAUGUGAAAAUGAGUUCAUGGUAUAUGUUUCUCAUUCCGUGUACGAUGAAGUGCUAUUAUCAUUGUUGGUGGUGGAACCGUUAGUUCCGCUUAGGCACUUCUUUCGUUUGCAGUUAGAUUUGUUCAGAUCCCGUGGUUCUAAAGAAACAACGAAAGGAGAUUGGUGGAAAUCCAUCGCUGCUACUUUCACUCAGAUAUUUGGGAGUGAAGUUCCCUAUAUUUGGUUGUAUAAUCAUCCAUUCUUCUGGUCAAGUCAAGAGCGGGUGGAUUUUAUCAAGGAUUUGAAAGAAUUUAUGAAAGAAGAUAUUGUGGACGAGAAGAAUCUUAACUAUCAUCUUGAAGCGUGUUAUAGUCCAUGCGAACCUGAAAUUCAUUGGAGCAGAAAAAUUGAUUUGAGGGUAUUUGAGGAGAUUUUUCAUAGACCAAAAGUUGACCAUUUAGUCAAAAAAUAUGAUGCUACCCUCCCGAUGGACAUGGUUCGCUACAUGACCGCGUGUUACAGCCAUAUCAACGAUUACACCUACACCUAUGGGGGAACCAGAGAGGUACCUCGGAUAGUUGAAGACAUUGGUGCAAAAGUUUUUCAAUCUAUCUAUCCUGAAGCAUCAUCAAUCCACCCACCACGAUCCUCACCUAUGUCCAAGAAUAUUGAUUGGGACAAGGUGCCUGAUAGGAGUUCUCUUUCCCCAUGUUUAAGAGCCUUGUUGACGUGUGCCAGAAACUUGAACAAUGGAUUGAUUGAGAUUCCUGUUCAGAAAAAGGUUAUGAACAUCCCUCAUAGCCUUCGGUUUGGGCAAGAGGAGAUGAUUGAAUUACUGAAGAAAGGGGAGCUUAAGGCCAUUCACAUAAAAGCUUAUAUUAGGCUGUUGUACGAUGAAUAUGAAGGAGUCAGAGAUGCCUUUGGUUUUAUGUUUCCUUCAAUGAUAUCUCUAGAUGCCUCGGAGUUCCAAGCUCACUCAAACUACAUUGUGUGUGCUCUAGAUGGGUCAAAAAAUAAAGUUCUUUUUGCACCAUAUAAUGUUGGGCGGCACUGGAUAUUAUGUCUAAUUGAUCCAAAGAAAGGCGUUGUCCACUACUUGAAUCCUUCUAGAGCCGAGCCUCCUGAAGAUCUAAAGAAUGUUGUUGAGGCGUCAUAUUUUGCAGAUGCAUCAGAUCACUACGAUCAAGCGGCACUUUCUUAGCAAUCCUCUUUAACUCAACACGGCAACAAAAUAAUGUGUACCAUAAGAUAAUUUAAGGUAUAAUAGACUGGAUUUCAAACAAAAUAAGAUAGUUUUAAGCUCAAACCAGAAUCCUUUUUAAUUUUUUUCAAUUGAAAUGAAAAUACUUUUAGAAAAUGAUGUAGAAUUAACGAAACAGAGUAUAGAAUUGCGAAAUCAUUAAAGAAACAAAAUAAGAAUACUUUACCUGUGACGAAUAUCAGAGGCGUGAAGCAGGAGGCAAU